ACUUUUGUUGGAAUCAAGCUUGUGGAAGUUCUUCUGAACAACGCCUUUGCGAAUGCGGUGGAUGAUGGCGAGAAGGAUAAUUCCAUGGGCCCGAUUCUCUGUGUGUGCUUCACCAAUCAUGCUCUCGACCAGUUCCUGGAGGGCUUGAUCGCAAGUGGCAUAAAGAAUAAUGUGGCACCUGAUUACUGGCACGAUUGGAAGCGGGGCCGGACGAAGGAAGCUGUUGUUCUUGGAAUCAAAGUAUCCAAGGAUGACGUAAUGAAGCGUGCACGGGAAGUUGCGAUCGCAACAGUAAGCCAAGGGGCAGCAGUCACAGAGAUUGCACGGGCAGUGGAUGCCUCAAGUGACAGAGCAUUGGAAGACCUGUUGGAAGUGGCAGAUCCGUGGGCGACCAGCUUACAGGAGAGACUGAAGCUUCUGAGGCAUUGGUUGGAGGAGCUCAAGGCGACUGCCAAUGCUGCUAUCGAAGCGGAGGUUCGCAAUCAUGCAAAGUACAAAUGUGAUAUGGAGAGCCAAUUUGUGACUGUGCAAUGCAAUGCGUGCAGGAAGGUGGCGGAGAGUCGGGAGCUCAUGGAUAUUGAGGACCUGCAGGUGUUGAGAAAGGCGCAGGUGGUGGGUAUGACCACAUCCGGGGUGGCUAAGAUGCAGCGCCUCAUCACGGCGCUCGGCCCGCGAGUCAUCAUCGUGGAGGAGGCUGCUGAGGUGCUGGAGGCACACAUCCUCACCUCGCUCACCCCACAGGCACAGCACGUCAUACUCAUAGGUGACCACCUGCAGCUGAGGCCCAAGGUGGAGGUGUACGAGCUGAGCAAGGACUCCCACAAGGGCUUCGACCUGGACGUCUCUCUCUUCGAACGCCUGGCGCUCUCUCGACACAUCCCUGUGUACACCCUCGCCACUCAGCGCCGCAUGCGUCCGGAAAUUGCGGACCUCAUCCGCAGCACCAUCUACCCGCAGCUCACAGAUCAUCCAUCCGUCCAGAACUACCCCGACGUUCGUGGCAUGGCAACAAACCUGCAUUUCUGGGACCAUGACAGCCCUGAGAAGGGCGGGGAUUACUUGAACGAGUCAAAGUCCAAGACAAACGAGGGAGAGGUGGACAUGGUGGUGGGGCUGGCUACGUAUCUACUGCAGCAGGGGUAUGCAGGAGGGGAGAUCACCAUCCUCACCCCGUAUGUUGGCCAGCUGCUGAAGCUACGCCAGGCGCUCUCCCAUGUGGUCAAUGUGAGGCUGGGGGAGAGUGAUGCUGAGGUGGUGGAGGAGGCGGAGGAGAAGGCUGCAGCUAGAGACGGUGGAUCCAGGGAACGUGAUGACAGGAGCAAGGGAGGCUCGUCACACGGCUCUUGGUCGCAGAGCAAGGGGCCGGGACCUGGUGGGAGCCCUCCCGUGCAAUUUACGGCGGAUUUGAAGGAUGAAGUGCGGUUGGCUACGUUUGACAAUUUCCAGGGCGAGGAGAGCACGGUGAUCAUCAUUUCACUCGUACGGAACAACGGAGAUGGCAAGAUUGGGUUCCUCAAGAGCCCCAACCGCACCAACGUGCUGCUGUCCCGCGCCAAGCAUGGCAUGUACAUAGUCGGAAAUGCCAGCACGAUGAAAGCUGACCCCAAGUCUGUGCUUUGGCCUAAGGUCCUGAACAUCCUGCAGAGCAAAGACCGCAUCCAGAAGUUCAUUCCGCUGCAGUGUAUCAACCACCCUGACACCAUCACGCACAUUGAGAAUGCGAGCGACUUCAAGGAGAAGGCAAGCGAGGGCGGAUGCUCCCAGAUGUGCGGCUUCAGACUAGUGCCUUGUGGGCACACCUGUCCUCGCAGGUGCCACGUGGACGACAGGGCACACGCCAAGACAUUCUGCCCCAAGGAAUGUAACCGCAUACGGCCUCUGGAUCAGUGCCCAUACCAGCACCCGUGCCCUAAACAAUGUGGGGAGGAUUGUGGCGAAUGCAAGGCACUGGUCAAAUCAAUCACACUUCCUUGUGGGCAUAAGGCAGUCAACGUUCCGUGCUUCCAGGCACAACGACCAUCUUUGAUUCCUUGCUCGUCAUCGGUGGAAGUCACCAUGCCUCUGUGCGGCCACAAGCAGAUGGUCAAGUGCAGUGAGGCCGCCACCAGGCAGAGCAACCCCAAGCUCUGCACAGCUCGUUGCGGGGUGUCCAAACCACUGGGUGGCGCUGGUGGUGGUGGUUCAAACGGUACUGGCACGGAUGGUUUUGGUGCUGUUGGGGCUGCGGCUGGUGGGAGUGGUGCUCCUGAGGAUAGGUUUGGUGGGGGUGGUGCUGCUGAAAAUACUUCUGGUGGGAGGGGUGCUAUUGGAGAUGGGACUGCAGGCAAGUGGUUGGCAGUGCUGCCGUUUGAGAAUGGCAAUCUCUCAGCUCUCAAGGGCUGCCCUGAUUGUCGCCAUCCAAUCACAGGGCUCCGACGCUACGGCAGAAUGGUCAACAAGGCUUUAUUGGACCAAUCAGAGCGCAAGUUUGUUGUCGAAUGUUCCGCUGACCAGGAGUCAGCCCAACGGAGACUGUCUCGGCUUAGCCGAGCUGUGGCUAGGUGCUCUGGGGAUUCUUCACCAAAGCACCUAGACGAGUUGGGUCAGUCUGUGACAGCGUUCAUGGCCGAAGCAGAACGCCUGCGUGCUGCAUCCAUGAAUCCGCCCACAUGGAAGACAUAUCAGGCGUCCAUAGCAGCUCUGCAGAGGAAGCACGCCCUUUUGGGGGGUCCGGCAUGGAGUGGUGGGGGAGGUGCUGCGAGUGGUGGUGAUUUUCCUGCAGCAACAGCGUUGGAGGAGGAAUGCCGUCUGCUCUAUGUUCCCCAGCCAGAUGCGCGACCGCCUUGCGAAUCGCUCAUCAUUCUGGCAAAGUGCCAUGAGCUUCUCAUGACUCUAAACCUCCUCCAGUUGCGGGACCACCUGAGGAAUCUCCGAAAUGCAACUGGGCAGAGAAGUGCUUUCACUACAGAGCAUUUUUACCAGCAUGUUCGUAAUUGCAGAAUCACAGUGCACGCGUGCCUGAACAAUGCGCGUGAGUGUCUUGUGGGGGCGGUGGAUUGGGCUGGCAAGUGCAAGGCACACCGACUGGAGGCAAGGGCACAAUUGGAGCUGGUUGGUGUGUACCGUGCCUUCGUGGAAGGGAUGAUGGCGGAACGUCUGCUGUCUAGCUCCAGUGUUGACCAGAAUCGAUCAAAGGCUUUACAGCUGGAGUAUCUUGAGAAGGCUAAGAUCCUGUGCCACAUGGUGGCCUAUCAACCCAUGGUCUCUGUCAGGAAGCUGCCGGAUGUGCACUUGCUCAUCUCGUCAUGGCUAGAGAAAGGGGAGGGGAAGGACCGCACAGUCCGAGAUGAAGCGUACGAGGCUUUAGCUGGAGCUUACGCCUUCGUCGGCAUGGUGGCUCUGAUCCAGCUUAUUCGUAUUCAGCGCAGAGUGCCCGAGUACGGAUGGACGACGCAGAAGGUCUUCCACCUCCUCAACUUCGUCGUCAAUGCCUUGCGAGCCGUGGUGUUUUUCUUCCGCGAGGAGGUGGAGGUUCUAAGCAAGGGCGACAACCAUGUAUUCGCACACGUGCUUCUGGACCUCCCGGGUCUUCUCUUCUUCACCACCUACACCCUGCUCGUGCUCUUCUGGGCCGAGAUCUACCACCAGGCGCGCGGUUUACCGACGGACAACCUGCGGCCGUACUUCAUGGCCGCCAACGUUGGCGUCUACGUGCUGCAGGCGGCCAUCUGGGGAGCCAUGUGGUUCGACCACAAGGACAUGCUCACAAUUGAUCUCAUUGCCAAGCUCUUCUUCACGGCUGUCUCGCUAGCAGCUGCGGCAGGAUUUCUGCUCUAUGGCGGCAGGCUCUUCCUCAUGCUGCGGCAGUUCCCCAUUGAGUCACGGGGUCGCAGAAAGAAGCUUCACGAGGUCGGCUUCGUGACGCUCAUCUGCUUCUCCUGCUUCAUCGUCCGAGCUGCCGUGAUCGCCUAUUCAGCGCUCGUGAAAAGUUCAUGGCUGGACGUGGUGGAGGACCCCUGGCUCAACGUCGCCUACUAUGCUUGUGUGGAGCUCAUCCCAGCAGCCCUGGUGCUCUACAUUCUCCGCAAGCUGCCUCCCAAGCGCAAUGCCAACACCCAGGCCCUGCGCUAA